UCACAUCGCAUCGCGUACAUCAUCGUGAUGUCAAUAUCGAAUAUCGAUAGCUGAUCCAGCAACAGUUGAUAAAAAGGUUCCUGUUUACCAGUUAUCUUCAAGCAAGUGUAAUACACCCUACCUGGCCUACCAUAUCAACACAUCACACCUUGCAAUGUGUCAGCGAGUGACACUGAUCGCGCUCGCUUGCUCGCGCGGCCUUCGUCAUAGGGCACGUGGUGGGAUUGAGGGAGUGUCGCCACAACCAGUAGGACUCGAUUAGUGCGCGGCUACCGCUGGAUUGCAACAACAAUGUCGAGAGCCACGUGAUCCUACUGCCCUUGUCAUACCGUGUAACAGUUAAUAACGCAUCAGAUUCAUGCUUUUCGUCGUCAACAGCCAUCUACGUUUGAGAAUAGCUACCUGCAAUAAACCAGCCUCCGACAGACGAAAGCAGAUGAAAAUGAAACAGAUAACUUUAAUUGUUCUUGUUUACUUCGUACAUGUGCUCGAGGCGUACGGUGUUAACAUUCACAGGACGACACAAGCUCUCACACCUGAAUGUCUGCAACAUCUCCAACAAGGGGAGUGUCCUCUCAGACAUUUACCACAAGAUGAAGAGUACCGGGUCAAACUGAACCGCAUGUGCUGUAGCCAGUAUCCCGGGACAACGCUGCACUGCCAGCAAGGGACGGCUGACACAACUGUCACUGUGUUCCCGGCUUGCCUACCGAGAACGCGCGUGCCUAUGGGAAACUAUGGGGUUUUGGGAGAAAAAGGUGAUCCAGAAUUUGAAAUUCUCCCUUGCAAUAGGGAAAGUUACGAAAUGUCAGAUCGACAAUCAGACGAUCGUAAUAUAGAACAUUGCUCCCACCAAAAAACAAGGUGCAGUGGAGAAGGUCAGCGUCUGUUGUGUCGAGCAGGUCCCACCCGAGAUGAUCGCUGUGUGUGUGACGACGGGUACAGACCCCACCCUGACAACGCAGAUUGUCGGAAGGGCUAUUUCACAGACCUCAGCUGUAUAUGCAGACUGGACCCAUGUCCCUCGGGCAUGGCGAGGUAUAUUCCCAGACCACAAAACGACAGCUGUGACGACACUGAUAUUGAAGUGAAUUACACCUGUCGGUGGACUGGUGUACCCGGGGAGAAGUCAAGCGAUGAUGACAAACCGCAUUCUGCUGUCGACACCGGUCAGUUGCCAGCGAACACGACUGAGGGCAGUAGACAAAUGUCUGGCGGUGGUGUGUGUGUCGAGUAUUUCGGCAUUUGUUUAUCGGUCGUUAUACUUGUGGUCGCGGUGACUGCGCUAGCUACACUACUCUGUUACAUUAAACGGAAAAAGAUCCGCAGACUCUUUGAUGACACUCGGCGAAAAGUCUGCGAAAGAUUUUCGAGAUCAGACGCAAGAACGACAGCUAAUGAUGCUGCAGAGACCCCGGAUAGUGAAACAGAAAUGUCUUCAAUGGUUUCCAGUUCAUCAACACCAUGACAUGAUCGUUCACAUACAGACAGUGUCAAACAGAAGAUCCAAGGAGACGCUAAGAGUAAAUGUUGUAGGUCAUGAAAGCUGACCUAACCGUUGUUUUGUCGAGCGCCUGCUGAAUGUGCUGCCCAAAGGACUGCUGGGAUAUCACACAAGAUAAAAAUGGAAACGCUCUGACGUAUUCCUAAUUAUUCGAUGUGAACUAAAGACUUUAAUGCACAAAACAUUGACGUACCUUUGGAGAUGUGAUGACUUAAAGUAAUAUAUUGUAACAAUCGUUCAUGACAAAAACUACAUAUCAGCAUGUGUUAGCUUGUGAUGUGAAAUGUACUACAGAAGCUGAGUUGUGAUCUGAUGGCCAGGAAUCAAAGUAGACGUCAGUGCAUAUUUUUCUCCGCCAAUUCUCUGUGUCUCUCUCUCUGACUUUUUUGGGUGGGAGGUGGGGUUUUGUGUGUGUGUGUGUGUGUGUGAGAGAGAGAGAGAGAGACAGAGAGAGACAGAGGCAGAGAGAAAGAAUAUUGAAUGUGUGCCUGUGUUCGCGCAAGAAAAAGUGUGUCCGUGUGUAGGGGUGGGAAGGAGAGAAAGAUUGUAGAUUUCGUGAGAGAGAGAAACUGAUAGCCAAAGUAAGCUAUCGUUUGUAACAUUCUCAAUAACGCAGCACUGUCAAAUUUCCUAUGCUGGACCUUGUUAGUUUUUCCAAUUUGAUAUUAAAAAACUUUUAUUUGUAACAUCUUAUGUCUUUUUUUAUUUCUGCAACAGCUAAUUUUUACAACAGUUAUAUAUAACGUUUCGAUGUGUAUGUUACAGAUAAACUACGGUA